GCUGGGGAGACCUCUGGAGGCUGUUGUGGUAAUCUAGACUUGCACAGUAGGUAUGCAGGUUGAAAGUGAAUAGUGACUUAGGUUUGAGAAUCAAGACAGAGAUGUUGGAACUAGUUGGAGAGAGAGAUUGUAAAGCAUGGGUUUCUAGGUCACAGAACUUGGUGGGUGUUGGCUGCCGCUAUUCACCGAGAUGCAGAAAGAACAGGUUGGGGGAAAAUAGCAUGAGUUCAGUGUUAGACGUGUUAGGGUGGGAGGUGUCUGUGUGCUAUCCAGAUUAUGUCCGUUGGGCAGUUAGAUGGAGAUCCUGAACCUAAUAGAGAGGUGUUGGGUGGGGACUGUCAUAUAUUUGGGGCUCAUAAGCACAUGGAUGGUUUGUGAAGUCACAAAUAAAGGAAGGCCAGAGAAAUAAGAGGUUUUCUAGGGAGAAAAUGAGGAGGAAUUUUUAAAUUAACAUUGAAUUUGACCAUGUGAUGAUUGAAGGGGAGUAGAUAGGAAAACUGAAAGGAUCCAAGGGAGUAAAUUCCUCCUGUUAUAGGCACCUAUUAAGAAAUUGUUUACUCAUCAAUUUAUUCAUUUAUUGAGCAAAUAUUUGUUAACCUCAGAAGAAUAUUAACCUUGGAGUAAAGAGACCUGGAUAUUAUUGACUCUGAAAUGAGCUGACUUUGUUAUCUUGAGCACAGCACUUAAUCACUCCAAGUCUGGUUUCUUUAUGUCCAUUUCCACUACAAGUUUUCUAAGAAAUAUUAAUAAACGAAUCAUAACUUCCAAAAUAUUUUAUAGUAGAAACGUAUAUAAAACAGUAAGUUAGAACUUAUGGCAGAGGUCAGCCCCAGAAUUUGCUAAAGGUGAGACCUUAUGAAUGUGUCCUCUUUGGUGUAUUAAUACUUGAUCUGGGCUUUUCACUCAAGAUAGUAGACUGUGCACAUGUGCUUAUGUCCGUUGCUUCUCUGAACCUCAUUAAAAGAGAAGAAAAAUAAAAAAUGGCAUCACUUGCCAACAGUGCUGGGAAUAAGACCAGAAUUUUUUUUUUUUUUUGACUGUUCUGGAAAAUUACAAAGGCACUGGCGUCAUCGGGUAAAUCAGUGACAGAAAAGGCAGCCAAUGGAGGUAGAACUGUUCUUUCCAGAGACCUCUGGAAGCUUCCAUGCUUGGAAUUGCCAGAUACGGAUAUGGAUUAGGAAAUAGGAAGAAAUCAGGAAGAAAUAAUUGAUGAAUGGAAACGUGGACCAACUAGUUCAAUCCCCACGGCCCCGCAACUGCUUAUACUUUGAAUUCACCCGUUCCAGUCUGUGCAAUUCAACUUGGAACCUGUUGUGCACUGAAUGUUUGUGUCGCUCUCAAAUUCACAUGUUGAAUACACAGUGAAUUCACAAACUGAAUACCCAGUUUGAUGGUGUUUGGAGAUGAGGCCAUCAGAAGGUUAAUUGGGUUUGGAUGUGGUCAUGAGGCUGGGCCCCCAUGAUGGGAUUAGUGUCCUUACAGGAAGAGGAAGAGACUGGAGCUCUCUCUGCACUGUGAGGGCAUUGCGGGAAGAUGGCUAUCUGUGAGCUAGGAAGGGAGUUCUCACCAGGAGCCAAAUCAGCUGCACCUUGAUCUUGGACUUCCCAUCCUCCAGAACUGUGAGGUAUAAACGUGUGUAGUUGAAGCCACAGUCUGUGGUGAUUUGUUACGGCAGCCCACGCAACCAGGAGUCAGUCUUUGCUAAAGUUAGCCUCACACCCAGCACUCCCCACUUCAGGCCACGGCCUUCCAAACAAAUAUGAAGUGUUAUUAUGAUGGUACACAAUGGAUGGUGUUUUCAGGGCAGAAACUUUCUUUAUAGGCAGGUUUCUCACAACAUUUAUCCCUAAAGCUUAAUUGUAUUAACCUGUGCCUUAAAGAAGUUACUUCUCUGGAGAAAUAGUUUCUGCUGCUCAGAUUUAUACAUCCUGGGCAAUACCUAGUUACUCUGUUUCUAUUGUUUUCUUGUUCACAUAUCAGGAUUUUUUUUUAGUUUUAACAUUUUUUUUUUUUUUUUUUUUUUUUUUUGUAUUUAGCAGAGGAUAGAUAGCUCUCUUCGUGAGUUCCUGAAGUACAGAUACUACAUAGGUAGUGAGUAUGAAGUUUGUAUCUUUAGGUGGGCAAAGAUGUUUUCUAAUAACUUGGCUUAAUCCAGGAGACACUGUUUCCUCUCUUUGGAAGAAAAAUACCAUCUUGUCAAUUCAAAGGAAUUUAUUCCAAUUGUUUUCCUCACUCCCUCUUUCCCGUACCGUAGGUGAGCUCAGUUUCUGCAGGUGGGGAUGGGUGUGGUUUUGAAUAUCUUGGCACUGGGGGAGGAGCAUUUGGGCUGAAGACCAUCCUUUGCCUUCUCAGCUCCCGCUUACCUUGGGGACUUGGACAUGAGUCUCUGUUGAUUCCCUGGGCUUUGCUCUGGCUUCUGAAGGUCCAGCUGUGCGGCGUGUUUUUGCUUUCCUUGGAAAAAUGGGAAAUGAAGGAAAUUUACGACCGUCUCUUGGAAGUCCCGGUCACUAGGGAGCAGUUACACCACUAUCGGAAUGUGGCCGAAAGUGCUCGAAGUGACCUUGCUGCAACUUUGGUCAAAUUUGAAUGUGCUCAGUCUGAGCUUCGAGAUCUCCGAUCCAAGAUGCUUUCGAAAGAAGCCUCCUGUCAAGAGUUGAAAGCUGAAAUGGAGAAUUACAAAGAAAAUAAUGCUAGAAAAUCAUCUCUCCUCACCUCUCUAAGACACAGAGUUCAGGAGCUGGAAGAAGAAUCAGCAGCACUUGCCACUUCUAAAAUUAGAACCGAAAUCACAGCUCACACCGCAAUCAAGGAGAACCAGGAGUUGAAGAAGAAAGUUGCGGAACUAGAUGAGAACUUACAAAAGUGUUUAAAGGAAAAUGAGGAGAAUAAGAAGCAAGUCUCAAAGAAUUGCAGGAGACAUGAAGAAUUUCUAGCUCAACUUUGUGACUGCUUAGAUCCGGACAAGAAGAAUGAAAAGGCGUCAGAUGAAGAUUUAAUUCUAAAGCUUAGAGAACUGUGCAAGGAAAAUGCAUUCGUAAAAGGACAAAUCGUUACUCUUGAAGAGACUGUAAAUGUCCAUGAGAUGGAAGCAAAAGCUAGCAGAGAAACCAUCAUGAGGCUGGUUUCAGAAGUAAACAGAGCGCAGAAAAAAGCUGCCUCCUGCACUGAAGAGAAAGACAAGCUGGGCCAGGACCUGCUCAGUGCUGUAGAGACAAAGGAGGCUCUUGAAAGGGAAGUCAAGCUCUUCCAAGAAAGGCUGCUUGCUGGCCAGCGGGUCUGGGAUGCCUCGAAGCAGGAACUGAGCCUCUUGAAGAAAAGCUCUUGCGAGUUGGAGAAGAGCUUGGAGGCCAGCCGGGAUGCGACGGCAGCCUCGAGAAACCAGCACUCCUCGUUUAGGGAGAAAGUCGCAGCGCUGCUCGGGGGCAACUGGGGCACGGUUGUGCCCACGGAGGAUGCUAUUUUGGAAAGGAUCCGAGAAAUGACCAGCCAGGGAGAGAGCACGAAAAGUAUGGUCUCCCAGCUUGAAGCCCGAAUAUCUGAGCUUGUUGAACAGUUGGGAAAUGAGUCUGGGUUUCACCAGAAAGCUCUUCAGAGGGCCCAGAAAGCAGAAAGCAAGUUGGAGACUCUUCAGGGUCAGCUGACAUACCUGGAGGGAGAGCUGGCUUCUGGAGAUGUUUUGCGAGAUAACUUGAAUUUUGAGAAACAAAAAUAUCUUAAAUUUCUGGAUCAGCUCUCAGAGAAAAUGAAACUGAACCAGAUGGCUGCUGAACUUGGCUUUGACAUGCGCCUGGAUGUAGUCUUAGCUCGCACAGAGCAGCUGGUCCGCCUCGAGAGCAACGCAGUCAUUGAAAACAAGACUAUCGCUCACAAUUUACAGAGAAAGCUCAAGACUCAGAAAGAAAGACUGGAGAGCAAAGAACUGCAUGUGAACCUUCUCCGGCAAAAAAUUGCCCAGUUGGAGCAGGAGAAGCAGGUGCGUUCGGCCUUGGCGGUAGAGAGGGACGAGGCCAAUCUCACCCUAAGGAAGUUGCAAAAGAAGGUGGAGAGGCUGCAGAAGGAGCUGAGUGUGUGUCGAGAAUCGAACACGGAGCUCAAAGCCCAGCUGGCUGACACCCAUGAGCUUAAGAUUAAAACUUUGGAACAGACCAAAGCCAUUGAAGACCUAAAUAAAUCCAGAGACAAACUUGAGAAGAUGAAGGAGAAAGCUGAGAAAAAACUAAUGUCUGUCAAGUCAGAACUGGAUUCUACAGAGCAUGAGGCUAAGGAGGAUAAAGAGAGAGCCAGGAACACGAUAGAAGUGGUAACCAGUGAAAUGAAGACACUAAAAAAAUCUCUGGAAGAAGCAGAAAAGAGAGAAAAGCAGCUGGUGGACUUCAGGGAAGUGGUUUCCCAGAUGCUGGGCUUGAACAUGACCAGUCUUGCACUUCCCGACUAUGAAAUCAUCAAAUGUCUUGAAAGACUGAUCCAUUUACAUCAGCAUCACUUUGUCACCUGUGCCUGCCUCAAAGGUGUGACGCUUGGGUGAGACAGGCACGCACAAAGCCACUUAAAACUCCUUCAUUGAAUACCAUGUCUCUUGAAGGAGGUAGAGCUAAGUGAUGGCCCACAAUUCUCGAUUUCACGAAUUCCCGAAACCUUUGAAAUUUGAUCAGUAUGUGAAUACCAUGCACUUUGAAUAGAGCGAGGAUCCAUCAUUUGCAA